AUGAAGCUGGAUUUGCGUCCUUUAUCUUCUGGCUCGGAGCUGAGUGACUCCGCAACCCUGGCAUCCAGUCAGCCCUCAUCGGUCCCCUCCGUUGCCACACCCCUAGGAGGCGAUGCGGUGGCCAUUGUGGGAUUGGCAUGUCGCGUGGCUGGCGCGUCUAAUCCCCAUCAGCUAUGGGAUAAUAUAAUCGAGCAGAAGGAUUUGAGACGACUGAUACCGGGGGAUCGGUUCAAUGUGGAUGCCUUUUACCAUCCGGAAGGCACCAAUAAAGGAACGACAAAUGCGCGACAUGGCUACUUCCUCGACCAGGAUCUCCGGGACUUCGACAGUUCGUUCUUUAACAUCUCCGGCAAGGAGGCGGCGGCCAUGGACCCCCAACAGCGACUGCUCUUGGAGGUUGUGUAUGAGGCACUGGAGAACGCUGGGAUCCCCAUAGAAGACAUCAAUGGCUCCCAAACUUCGGUUUACUGUGGCUGCUUUACCAACGACUACUACUCGCUGACCAUGCGCGACCUGGCCUCCUACCCGAAGUACACUGUCACCGGCACGGGCAAUUCCAUCCUCGCCAAUCGCAUCUCCUAUUUCUACAACCUCCAUGGACCAUCGAUGACCAUUGAUACGGCCUGUUCUUCUUCAAUUGUCGCUCUACACAUGGGCCUCCAAUCCCUUAAGAACGAAGAAUCGGAUAUUUCUAUCGUCGUGGGCAGUGCUUUACAUUUUCUGGAGGACUCGUUCGUCAUUAUGACCGAUCUAGGUAUGCUGUCACCCGAUGGACAGUCUCGCAGCUUUGAUGCGGACGGGCGUGGUUACGCUCGUGGUGAAGGCGUGUGUGCGGUCGUUCUAAAACGACAGGAACACGCUGAGAGUCAAGGUGACCAUAUACGUGCCCUGGUACGGGGGUCACUGGUGAAUCAUGAUGGCAGCAAGCAGGGCAUCACCUUACCAUCUUCAGAAGCCCAGGAAGCACUUAUCCGGCAAACAUACAAGAACGCAGGUUUGAAUCCUGCCGACACACAAUACGUCGAGGCACAUGGGACGGGCACAGCGCGAGGGGACCCCAUCGAAGCGCAAGCUAUUGGAGCGAUCUUCGGGAAGGAAGACCGUCUCAGCCCAUUGUAUAUAGGUUCCGUGAAAAGCAACAUCGGCCAUCUUGAAGGUGCGUCGGGUCUAGCGGGCAUUAUCAAGGCAACGAUGGCCUUGGAACAUGGGGAAAUUCCGCCGAAUAUGAACUUUGACACGCCCAAUCCUCAGAUUCCUUUUCAGGAGUGGAAGCUAGAGGUGCCACAGCGGCUCCUGGAGUGGCCGUCAACUCACGGACCCAAACGUGCCAGCGUCAAUUCGUUUGGCUAUGGCGGGACCAACGGCCAUGUCAUCCUGGAAGAAUAUCGGCCACGCUCAUGGACUCGCCCCGAACGGUCUUUUCUGGGUAUGAGCCCCAAGAGGCCGUUGCUACUCCCCCUAACCUCUCACUCGGAUGCUGCCGGCCGACUCCUCAUCCAUCGUAUGACAAGGUAUCUGCAUGAUCGCCCCAAUACGGAUAUAAGUGAUUUAGCACGGAGUCUGUCUACCCGGCGGUCGAUGCAUGCUUGCCGCACAUUCGCUAUUUUCAGCCCCCGGGUGCAACUCGUUCAGCCCUGGGUUGAUGCUGUUUGGAAAUCGCUUCCACCUGAAUCCAUGCCGCGAAGGUUGGGAUUUGUGUUUACCGGGCAAGGUGCGCAAUGGUGGGCGAUGGGUCGUCAGUUAAUAGAGCAGUCGCCGCUGUUUCGGCAGCGCCUGGAGUAUUGUGAUGAGGUUCUACAAGCCUUGCCCCAUGCCCCCGACUGGUCAGUUGUCACCGAACUUCUAAGAACGGAGAAAGAAUCUCGCAUUGCGCAGGAAACGCGUCUCUCACAACCGAUCUGCACCGCCCUGCAAAUCUCACUGGUGGAUCUGCUGGCUAGUUGGAAUGUCCGGCCGUCCGCCACCGUUGGUCAUUCAUCAGGUGAGAUUGCAGCAGCAUACGCGGCGGGCAUUUUAUCAUUCUCGAGCAGUGUUAUUGUGGCCUACUACCGUGGAUUGCAUAUGUCGGCCGCAUCCUCCUCCGUGAAGGGCGGCAUGAUGGCGGCAAACCUUACCCCAGAGGAAGCACGGCAGGAAAUUCACGAGUAUGGUGGCCGUGUGGUCAUCGGCGCUGUGAAUAGCUCAUCGAACGUGACGAUAUCUGGAGAUGCCGACGCAAUUGUCGACCUGAAGGACCGGCUUACAGCACGGUCGAUCUUUGCCCGGGUACUUGCGGUCACUCAAGCCUUCCACUCGCCGCAUAUGUUUCCCUUGGCCCCCGCAUACGAGGACGCCCUAGGAAGUUGUCCUGCCUUCCGUGUCCAGCCCGCCGUUAUUCGCAUGUUUUCCAGUGUGACGGCGCGAGUGGCCGAUACCCAGAAAAUGGGGCCCUCGUACUGGGCAUCGAAUAUGACUGGUACUGUCCGCUUUGCCGAUGCCCUCGUGGGCACAGUCCUAGACGAGGAUCGACAGAACGUAGAUGUCUUGAUAGAGAUUGGGCCACACCCCGCCGUGAAAGGACCGUCGCGUCAGGUGCUGCAGUCGUUAGACCUGAAUAUUCCAUAUCUGGCUUCCCUAACCCGCCAGAUACCGGCGUACGAGGCCGUUCUACACACGGCGGGCGAGCUCUUCCAGCUAGGAUAUCCUGUCGACUUGGGCGCCGUCAACAGUGAUCAAUUCGCUGGGGGACACGGCCACCCUGUGUCAAUGCCGCGUGGGUCUGUUCUGCGGGACAUGCCCAGUCAUGCAUGGGACCACCAGCCAUACUGGGCUGAGACGAGGAUGGUGAAGGCGCAACGCGAUCGUCCGUACCGACAUGUUCUGCUGGGAUCACUGGUUGAGCCAUCCAUACCAUCGCACCCUCGGUGGAGAAACUUCCUGCGACUUCAGGAGUUACCCUGGCUUCGCGACCAUGUUAUUGACGGACUAGUCAUCUUCCCAGCUGCGGGUUAUAUCGCGAUGGCCGUGGAGGCUAUGGUAGUCAGCACGCCUGACUCACUCUCGGUCACCGAGAUCCAGCUACAAGACAUCGCCAUAACGGCGCCGUUACUCCUGAAUGACCAGGAAGGUGGUGUGGAAGUGAUGGUGGAAUUGAAACCCACUCAUCGGUCGGAUACAGAGUGGGAGUUCAUCAUCGUGUCCUAUACACAGGAUGCACGGUCUGUGGAGCAUUGUAUCGGAUUCAUCGCUGGCUCUCGCAAGCCGUUAUCUUUGGACAGUGUGGAUUUCGAUGCACUUCGUCGUGACUUGUGGGGAUCCACAGCAGCGACCGUGCUCUAUCAGCACCUCUCGACACUCGGCCUGCAGUAUGGACCGGCCUUCCAGUUACUUUCGGGGUCCGUGGAGACGGGCCCGAAGUCAGCAUUGGGGUCUGUGGUUUUCCCAGCGCGGCAAUAUACCUCUCACGUGGCUGAGCAUACUAUCCUCCAUCCCACGUUGCUGGACGCAUCCUUCCAUCUCGUCUUCGCUGCGCUGCAGUCCACGCUAGGCCGGCCCCUAGAUCAGCCCUACGUGCCUACGACCAUUCGUACCCUCCGGCUGUCCCGAGGCUUCCUCCUUACCGGCAACCAUCUAGAACAGCAGGAAUUCCUAGUGAGCGCGACUGUGCGGCAGCCGGGACCACAGGCAACUGUCCAUGAUUUGGUCAUCAGGGGCCAAGGCGGAAUCACGGAACGGAGAUUGCACGUUGAGGGACUGAAAUGUGUCUCCCUGGGUGCUAGAAGUCAGAUGAAAGACCAUCGGUCGCUCUUUUUCCGUAAUCAAUGGCGUCCGGCAUUUAAUAUGCUUCGUGAUGGAAGCACCUCGUUCGGAAGCCUGCCACAACUCGUCGACCUCUUCCUUCACCAGUACCCGAAUACCCGCAUCGCUCAUUUGACGAAUGACCUGGAGCAGGUCAAAGAUUUUCUGGCCUUACUAGGUGGUGGCAGCGAGCGGCGUCGAUGUCAGAGCAUUACACCUGUGUUUCCUCCGGGCCUAUGCUAUAGCGACGAGCUGAAACAGCCGCGCAACUCACACUUGAUUGAUCUUAGAGAGCCCGACCCAGAAAGCGUUGACUUGGUCAUCAUUAGCUUCUCGCAUGACUUACCGAGGAGCGUCCAGUAUGCUCGCGACGGGGGUUACAUCAUUACGGAGAAAUGUGUCGAACCAAUCGGGCUAAUACCUUUGUUCACGAGCCAGGGAUACACAGUCUGGCGCAAGCGCAAGGGACACACUGACAUCGAACGAAGGCCUCUGACCAUCAUUAUGAUUUCUCAGCCCUCUGAGCGGACACAAGAUCUGGCUGAGGCUAUCCGAAGUCAUUAUGGUACUGCGGAGGUGUCGUUUGUUACGUUGGAUGGUUCCGUUGAGACAUCAUCAUUCCAUCGUGAUAUCGUGGUGUUAUGUAGCCUCGACGCAGACCGACUGCUCGAAGAUUCACAGAAUUUUAAGGCUAUCCAAUCCCUAAUGACAGGGCCCACUCCACGGCGGAUAAUGUGGGUGCUUCAAGGAGGGACCAUCGCACCAACGAAACCGCAACAUGCUAUCAUCGUUGGACUGACACGCGCUGCUCGAAGUGAAAAUGCCUCACUGCGGAUGUUGACUAUUGAUAUUACACCAGAUACUAGUACUGAGGCGAUCCUGCGUCUGCUCGAUGCAGACAUGGUGCCGGGAGAGGAUGAAAUCUCUGAACGCGACGGCAUAUUUUUGAUUCCCCGGGUAUAUGCCGAUGACGAUCUCAACUCCAAGCUAUACAAUGGGGUCAAUUCCCAGCCCCGUCUCCAACAGCUCGACUUUGAUCAGCCCCGUCGCCUGGUGGCUGGGGACUCAGACCAUGUUGACACGUUAAUGUUCGUGGAAGAUGAGGCUCUGCUGGAUGAUCCGGUCGGUGCCGAGGAACUAGACAUUGAGGUGCAAGCAUCGAGUCUAAGUUCCGGGGAUGCUGCCCUUACCUUGGGCACCGAGAGUGACGAUGCGUCUCUGGGUGGAGCAUUUGCUGGGGUCGUGUGUCGGACCGGUGCUCGUGUUGAUACCCUCAGCACUGGAGAUCGUGUUGUGGCAUUCCGGCCAGGUCACAGCCCACAUCGCACGAUUGUGCGCAGCCCAGUCCAUCUCUGCCACAAGGUACCCGAUAAUCUACCGCUCUCAGAUGCUACAAUUGUCGCCCUGGCUGGAGUUCCAGCGUACCACGCUGUCGUCACCCUUGCGCGUCUGCAGCCAAAUCAGACUAUUCUGAUCCAUAUAUCCUCUUGGCCAAUUAAGCAGAUGGCCGUACAAUUUGCCCGCCGGCUACAAACCCGGAUUAUUGUCACGGUGCAGUCUCAAGAGGAGCAGAAGCUUCUCCAAGGGUCCUUUGGGAUGGAAAGUAGCCACAUUCUUCUUUCUCUCGGCGAGGAACAACUGAUCCAACAAGUUAUGCAACUCACCAAGGGCAAAGGGGUGAACGUCGUCGUUCAUGAGAGCCUCAGUGCGGGUAUAGAGCGUUGUCUCGUAGCGUUCGGGCUGUGGGUGGGCCUUGACUCGCGGGCCACUAUGCCGGUAAAGAGCAAUACCACGUUUUCUGUGGUGGAUAUGAUGGUCAUCUGUCAGGAUCAGACAGACGUGGCAUCUGAUCUGCUCCACGCUUGCCUUACGUUAGUACAAACAGGAGAAGUCCAUUCUCCAGUUGCCAUUCCGCACAUACCGUGUCGCGAUCUGAUUGAGGGUUUUGGGAUGGUCCAGCAACAUCGUCACGAUACAGUUAUCUUGACGGCAGAUCCAGAGAAUGAUCUUGUGCCUGUUCGUCCACCUAGCUACCGAAGCCAACGUUUACUACAUCUAGAUAAGCAAUACCUCCUCAUCGGUGGGCUAGGAGGUAUCGGACGCACGCUGGCAGAAUGGCUAGUCCGUCGUGGAGCCCAAGAGCUGGUCUUUUUCAGUCGAUCUGGCAUGGAUCGCCCUGAGGCACAAUCGACAGUCGCCCUCCUCCGGCAACGAGGCGUCCAGGUGUCUGUCGUCCAGGGCGAUGUGGCCAGCUAUUCGGACGUUAGGAGGUGCAUCGAAGCUCUACCCCGACUGGCGGGUAUCUUCCACGCGGCCAUGGUCCUCCGGGAUGGCCCUCUAGAUACCAUGACCCACGAACAAUGGCAGCAAUGUUUGCAGCCCAAGGUUCAAGGCACGAUGAAUCUGCAUGAAGCCACGAAGAACAUCGCCUUGGAUUUCUUUGUAUGCUUCUCUUCCGUGUCAGCCAUCAUUGGUACGCGCGGCCAGGCCAACUAUUGUGCGGGUAACGCCUUCGUGGACGCUCUAAUGGCACAUCGUCGGUUGCAGGGACUGCCAGGCUCAACCAUGAACUGUGGUAUGAUCACCGGCGUUGGAGUGGUGGCGGAAAAUCGUACCCUGCAGAAGGACAUGGAACGACUAGGGUAUGACGCCGUGAAUGUGUAUGAGUUGCUCUGUCAAGUGGAGGAGGCUGUCUGCAACGCGAACGCCCCCGAAACAAUUUCGGGCUUGAACCUCGCUCGUGACGAUUUAUAUUGGGCCACCAAGCCCCUACUGCGCAAUUUGUAUGCUAACCAUGAUUGGACUGCCUUUUCUGAAGGUUACGAGGAAGAAGUCCCAUUGGUCCGAGUCCUUCACGAUACAACCGAUGCCGCCACCAAAACGAGCACCCUGUUGCAUGCGUUCAUGACUGCGAUCAGUAAAAUGCUGGUCAUCCCAUUGGAACAGAUACAAGCCACCAAGUCGCUUUCUUCAUAUGGGCUUGAUUCCCUUGUAGCAAUGGAAAUCCGCAAAUGGUUCUCAAGCACCAUCGAGGCAGACUUGCCCUUAUUUGAGAUCCUCUCAUCCCCGUCAAUUGCCCACCUAGUCGACCGUGCCACGGCUCUGAUGCCAUCAAUCGCACAGACUAGAUCGACGCACGCUGGACCGGCGGAACCUCUACAUGAAAGCCAUACCCCUGAGGAGCCCAUCGGCAAAGCGGAUAUGUCAGAACCAAUUCCGAUGACACCGUACCAGGUCCGCAUGUGGCUCGCUCACCGGUCAGCCACGAGCGAAAGCAGCCUAAACCUGGCGGUAGUCUGCCGUCUGCGGGGAUCCCCCGAUCCAUCCACUAUCCAGCGGGCCUUUGGGCAUAUGAAGCAGCGCAAUGCAAUCCUACGCACCGGCUAUCGUGAGAGGGAUGGAUUCUACGAGCAAUUCGUCACUGGGGACAGCAGUGUGGACCUUGAUAUUCGCGACUGUCGGGGUCUUGCUGACCCGGAGGCGCUACUAGCAAGGACUAUCGCCCAUUGCAAAAGUACCCCGGUGAAUAUCGCUGGCGGGCGAGUGAUGCAGCUGACUUUGGUCCAUCUGACUGAACGCGAACAUGCACUCAUUUGUGUCGUGCACCAUAUUGCCAUUGAUGGUGGCAGUACUCAGCCCAUGUUGCAGCAAUGGACGCAAAUUUACAACACUCUCAGAAAUCAGAGAGCAUCAGUAGAUAUCCCAGCCCCGUCAGUGAGCUACAGUGACUUUGCGGUCUGGCAUAACACCCGCAUCCGCAGGACCUUGGAGACUGACCUUGUCUUCUGGAAGGAGUGUCUGGAUGGCAUCCCCUUGGCGCACAAACUCCUGCCCUUUGCCCAAUGUGAGCGGCCGCUUACUCGGGAUACCGCCCGGGCGUAUGUCCACGGGGGACCGAUCCCACCUACGUUGGUUCAACGAAUGAAGCGCCUAUGUCGCGAGACCCAGGUCACCCCGGUAGAUUUCCUCAUAGCAGCCUUCCGCGCCUUCAUCUUCCGGCAUACACAGGACGACGACAUAAUCUUUCUGCUGGUAAAUGGGACGCGGCCACACCCAGCUGCGGAGGAGCUGGUCGGCUGUUUUGUCGAUAUGACACCCCUUCGCUGCCAUGAUCCGACCUGCAAUGAUCUCACGUUCGACCAGCUGCUAACAGUGACCCAUCAACGAAGCCUGCAGGCACUAUCCCACGGCGACGUUCCAUUCCUCGAAAUCGUGCGUGCGCUUGGCCUCCCCCCAACACGCGCACAUAACCCAGUGGGUCAAAUCUAUGUCAACUACUACAUGCACGGGCCGACCCCCACCUACCAGCUGAGUGACUGUACAAUUAGUGAGGUGCAGGUGCACGACAUCCCUAGUGCCAGUGAGCUGAGUCUUGCUGCUAUGGAUCAUCCCCAGGACGGUCUCCGCAUGUCCCUGCAGUACGCGACCAAUCUCUAUCAGGCUGACGACAUGCAACGUUUCCUGGACGGGCUAUGUCACUUCAUCUGCAGUGCUAUACGGGAUCAUCGUCAGCUGAUUAAGGAGAUCAGUAUGAAUAAGGUUGGGGGUGAAGUGUUGGUGCGGUCUUCGGAUGACAAGUCCGUUUCGCUCCCUUCCCCUGUGGUGACCUUAUCAGCACGCGACCUUGAUACUUUUCCUGUGUCUCAGCAGCGGACAGCUCCCUCACGGUCUUGGAUUACGGUGACUUUACUUCUCUGUUUUUUCAUUCUCUCAAGUUUUGUUUCCUUCCUAUACACAUCUGUUACCUAUCUCCCUGUACUUGCCGUCUGUUUUCUUUUCAUGCGCGUGAUUGCAAUGCCCAGUGAUUUAACAUCCCCUCUAUAA